AUGUCAAGUUCUUCUGAAAGUGUUUCUAUAUAUAAUCUAUCUAAUCUCCCAACAACUGAAGUAGUAAAAGGAUGGAGUCGAGAUAAUGUUAAAGAAUUUUUACAAAGAAACAGAGCUGAAUUAAUGCUUGAAGAAAAUGAUAUUAAUGUAUUAUAUGAUGAGAAGGUCAUUGGUAUUGUCUUUCUUCGUUUGAAUGAAGAACUACUACUUACUCAUGAACGAUUCAACCUGCGAUAUGGACCAGCUUCAGUAAUUGCAGAGUUGGUUAAACAAAUUAACAAAGAACCCCCUGUUAAUACUGGGAAACGUCAAUUCAUUGAGUCGAAUGAAUCUAGCAAAAAGAAAAAAUUAGACCCAUUGUUUGAGAGCAUUUGUAAUUUAGUGAAGAACCAGAAGGACCAAUUACGUCUUAUACAACAAAACCAACAAAAUGAUGUUAUUAAACAUGAUGGAGAGCUUGCAGUGAUUGAAAAGGAAGUACUUUUUGUGAGAAAAUCAUACAAGUUCCUUUACAACGAAUUGAAGAGGAAAUCAAGCAAGGGUGGUAUAAAUAAGUUCCUCAUCACUGGCACAUCAGGUAUCGGAAAAUCAUGUUUCUUAAUUUAUGUUUUAAUACAACUUUUAUGUGAGGAUGCCACUGUCAUUUUCCAGCCCUUCAAUGAUGAAUACUUAUACUGCUUUGAGAAUUUAACAAUGAUUAGUGGAAAAUAUUAUGACUUCUUGUAUCUACUCAAUAAAUCUGCAACAUGGUACCUGGCAGACGGUAUCAUAUCUCCAAAAUUAGUUCUGGCAAAAACAGUAGUCACCCUAUCACCAAAUGGAAUUAGGACAAGGGACUUUAAAGAAUUUGAUAAGAGAUACAAGAAGAAAUAUUAUAUGGGUCCAUGGACAUUAGAGGAGUUAUUAUCUUGUCGGAAGCUUGUUUUUCCACUGGUACCAGAAAAAAUAGUGACUAAUCUUUUCUACAGAGCAGGUGGUGUGCCUAGAUACGUACUCCAACAUGUUGAGGCCUCAAUAAGAGAGAUUACUGAAGAUGAUUUUGGAAAAGAUGGAAGACCGAAUGCUACAGAAAGGGAAGAAGUUGAGAGCAUAGCUUUUGGACGCAUCGAAAUGGCUAUUUCAGAAACUGAUGACUUUGAUAAAAUUAUAAAAUGUUUUAACGAAGACGAAAAACAACAUGCUGAAGUAAGCAAUCGCAUUAUCCACAGAUGGCCAGAUGAAACACAUUGUAAUUACCAUUUCAAAUGGGCCUCUCCUUAUGUAUUCGAUAAAAUUCAGGAAAAACUAGAGAAAAAGGCAUGGGAUGAUUGUUUGGAUAAAAUACGAGCCAUGCGAGUUUCUUAUUUGGCCAGCGCAAAGGGAUUUUUGUUCGAGUGUUAUGUAAUUCACCUAUUUCGUACUGGAGGCCGGGAAUUUGAAAUAAGGAAGCUGGAAGGUGAAUGCAAAGGUCAAUUUUCUAUACAUAGUAAGCCAAAAGUUGGUCAUGCAAAAAAUGCAUCUGAUUUCUCAAAGUAUAAUGAAGAUACAACAGUUGUUGUGCCAGAUAAACAAAAUUUUGGUGCAGUGGACCUAUUUAUAACACCUGACAGUAUUUUACAAAUCACGGUGUCUGAAAAUCACCCUAUAAAACAGGCCGAGCUGAUCAAAGUAAUUAAUAAUAUGCCAAUCUAUAUACAUGAUUCAAAUGCAAAGAUUCGACUUUACUUUGUAGUACCAGAUGAAAUAUAUGACAAAUUCAAACAACAAAAUUACACAACUCGAGAUAAAGAUUCUAAAAACGAUCGCCCAGUCAAAAGAGUGGAUCCCACCCUUAAAAAUAUUGAGCAAUGGGUCCUAAAAAUCCAAAUUACUAGUAUUCUAGAAGACAAAGAAUAG